UUGUGAAGAAGAAAAAUUGACAUUUUGUUGAAGCUCAAAAAAAUAAUCACGCAGAAAUGUUUUUUCACUAAUUUUGUGGGAAAAAUCACGCGAAAUUGGAUGUGACUGUGUGAAGAUUGCAGCGCAGAAUGUGGCCGACAGUUGUGGAUAUGACACGAGAUGAAUGCCGCAGUGUUUUGCGGCGUUUGGAAUUGGAAGCCUACUCGAGCGUCGUGAGCACCUUCCGUGCCCAGGGGCAUCUCACGGAGAAGAAGGUGGGAAUCCUCAGGGAUCUCCAGGGGAUUCUUCACAUUUCCGCCGAUAGGCAUCGCUCGGAGGCACGACGGGUGGCGCACGAUGAGGAACUCAACACAGUGGCAACGAAGAUCUAUGGGCAGAACACAAGCCACGAGUGGAGCCGUGAGGGACGGCGGACGUUCCCAUUUUUCCCGCGCGCCAACAUCCACACAGCCCUGACGCCAGCAGCGGAUGCAGCUGCAGAGGAAGGCGUCCGAAACAAUUCAGCGUUGCCAUAUCCCGCGGACACGGAGAGGAUGCACAAACCCCUCGAGCAGGCCUCCACAGUGCCCGUUGUCACGGAAAAUGAGUCACUUGCAAUGCAGUUGGUGCCAAAAGCAACAUCACGGAAGGACGGGAAGCGCACGGUACCCACCCAGGAGACACCGCCAGCAGCUAAACGACGUAUUGUGCAAGCUCAGGUGGGUGGGAAAGCCAAGGAAGUCCCGGAAAUGCGUCGGGAGUCCCCGGAAAAGAAGACAAAUGCCAAGAGAUUGAAGAAUCUCAAAUGGAACUCACCGAAAAAGUCCCCAUUGUCUGAUAGUGAGAAGAGUAAUCUGGCCAGUAGAAUUAUGCAUUCAUACGCGAGUCCUGCACCUCUUCCGGGAUCGCUCAAGCGCAGCAUGAGUGACAUUAGGGCGACCCUGGAGGAACCCGGAAGAGCAACAGUACAACUUCUGCCGCAGAUUGCAACGUCAAAGAAGGACAUCACGACGAAUCUGACCAAACUCACCCAACUGGGGGCAGUGACGAAGAUUGCGGGGAAAAAGGAGGAGGAGGAGCGUGCCCCGAGGAUACCCAUUGCCCUGCAGAGCAAUGUGAAGAAGGUCAGUGUGUCGAGUAAUUCCCUCGCAGCUCUCAUUACAUCCAAUGGGGGCAACAUAAUCAAGAAGAUCCCAUCGAAUAUGCUGGCAAAUGCAGCAGUUGUGAAGACAAUCCCCUCGAGCUCCCUCACACCCACCCCGCAGCAAGUGGCAAAGCCCAAAGUGAAGAUAAUAAGCCAGCAAAUAACCCCAGCACCCCUCACACCCGGAACUCAGGUUAAAAUCCCCGCCGGGCUGAACUUGAAGACCCUCCAGGGGCGUCCGGAUAAUAUAAAAAUCGUCACUGGGCCAUCGGGGAAGAUGAUUCUGAAGGCAGUCAAUGAACCGAUGAAGGUUAAAGUGGCCCCAACACCCAUUAAGAGUGUCCAGACGGUUCUUCUUCCCGCCCCAAAGGCCGCAUCCCCCGCCAUGGGCAGCAAUAAUGUCUUCAAGCUCAUCAAGGAGCCCCCAAAGGUGUUCACGGUGGAUCCAAUGGAGAAUAAUGUGGUUGUGCUGGACAUUCAACCGGAACAGCCAACAGUUCAGCAGCAGGAGGAUGUCUCAUUUGCCAGUCAAAUCACCGAAGACACUCCCGUGGAUAUUCUGCCCGCAAGUGAUGACGUUCUGGAUUCUCGUGCCAAUUUGCGCACAAUCCGGGCACCGAAGCGUACAAAAGUGGUCACAACGGACUGGGAGGAGGAGCUGGAUACGCAAACAAAUCACAUCCGGACACGGCACAAAAGUGGCGGCGAAGAAAUGGGCGGUGAGGAGGACUCCAGUGUGGAGUAUACAUAUCUUCCGGAGGGUAUGGAGGAUGAGACAAUUGAGGAAGAUCAGGUAACGCUGGGCGAUAGUUCCGUGGACAUGAUGGAUGAUGCCAUUGUGGAGGAGCAGGAAGAGGAGGAUUUUCAUGAAAAUGGACAAAUGGAGGGCAUUGAGGAGGAGGAAGAGGAGGAGGAUGCAGCACAAGUGGAAGACAUUAAUGGGGCAGGAGGAGCAUCCAAGGUAUCCAUUGAAACACUCAUAACUGCAGGACAAAUUUUAGAAUCUAAUGAAAUGGCAAUGCGUGAGCAAGAAUGCAGCGACAUCAAGUAGAUCAUCAUCCCUCAUCCCUUCAUCCAACUUCUCUGCUCGUCAUGGCAUGAGCCCCCCUCCUCCCCUUUUUUUGUAGGAAGUAAGGCAAUGCAAAUCGUUUCAUAUAAAAAUAUUUCAAAUUAUUAAUGUUUUAUUGAGGUAAAAUAACAAAAAAAAAAUUUUGUUUGAGAACAUUUUAUGUUAGUUUUGAGUUUUUUUGUCACACUAUCCUUGUACAAAAAGUAGAUGAAGGUGGGAAAAAGAAAAAGGAUAAAUUUUGACGAUAUUAUAUUGAAUGUAAAUAAUGAUUGUAGAAAA